UUGAUUACUCCCGUGUCACAGUUAGACGUGUUAACUAUCUGUAGUUUUUUUUUAAUUUUGUUUGACUAAACAAGCGAUAAAGUUAUCUACGCUUUCGUGUCGAGGAACUACCACACAUCAUUUAACCAUUUCAUCAGGUUUUGAAAAGCUAAUUUUCGAAGAUGUAUUCCCCAAAGCUAAGACCUCCAGUGAUGUAUGAGGUCACUAAGUCAAGACAGUCAGUCGACGAGGGCUCGCCUUUCUCUAAUAUCAGAUGCUGGCUAAUAGUUUGGGCUAUGUUGCGAUUGUUGGUAUCAAUAUUCUGGACAUCCAUAAUAUCCAUAGCGACCUUAGCCACGAUGGCUUCAUACUUCACAGAUGAGAAGUCCCCACAUUAUGGCGAAUCCCCUUACAUGUUGGUGUUUGAAAUACCAGCCAUUAUUUCACAACUUAUAGAAUUUGGGAUGCUGAUCACAUUCAUAGUGGCUGGAUUUAAGAAAAGUGCAGAACUUUACACACACUAUUACCGGUACUGUAUUAUAACAGUUACCAUAUACAUAGUAUGUGUGUCCUCAUAUUUGGUGCUGGGCUAUAACUACGGACAUUUUGCGGUCGAGAUCUACUUGACUUAUCAUUUCGAUGACCUGCUAGAUAUGUUCCCAGUUGUCGUUGAAGAUGAUUCGAAGAUUUUCCUUUUUACGGCUAUUAUUGAUGUUUGUCUGGAAAUGCUGCUGAUUCGUUUCGUGAAGAAACUGAUCAAGAGGUACCAAGAUAAUGACGACUGUGCAACGGUUUAGUGCUCCACCAACAUCGAUAUCUUGCCAACCUACGAAUCGAAGUUCUGCCAACUUCGCAACUUGAUAUAUGGAAGUCAUUAGUAGUUAAUUAACUGUUUUUGUUAGUAAGCAUACAAUGUAAUUAAAGUUAAGUUUAUUUAUUAUUUUCUCUAA